AUGACAAAAUCCGGUGGAUCCGCUUUAAAACGACUAAAGUCGACGUUAAAAGAAGCUAAGGUCAUUGGGCAUGGCUCCCGCUCGAGUAUGAGUAAAAAACAGAAGAGAAAAGGGAAGCCUAAAGGAGAUGACAGAAAUAAUACUAAAGACAAAUUAGAAUUCUUAAAAAAUAAAAUCAAUCCCUUCGAACUAAAAGUUACUAAAACUAAGCAUAAUGUACUGGGUAGAAAAGUGAAGGGUACCCAGGGUAGACCUGGUCUGAAAAGACAAAUUGGUAUAGAAAAACGAAAAAAAACUUUACUUGUUGAAAUGGAGAAUCGGAACAAAGUAGGCGGAUUAAUUGAUAGACGAUUUGGUGAAGAUGAUCCAACCCUAUCGCUGGAGGAAAAAAUGCUGGAGAGAUUCGCAAGAGAAAAAAAACAGAGGCAUUCAAAUUCAUCAUUAUUUAACCUCGAAGAUGAUAACUUGACGCAUUACGGCCAGUCACUGGAUUUAAUCGAUGAUUUCGAUGAACCUGAUUUAUCAUUAAAUGAGGAAGAAGAUGCAGGUAUAAUUGACCAUGACACUGUCAAUAAAAGUCAUUUUGGAGGUUUUGAAGAAGACGAACAAAAUAACGAUAAUAACGAUGAAUCUGGACAUAAAAAAAAGUCUAAGACAGAAGUCAUGAAAGAAGUUAUCGCAAAGAGCAAAAUUUACAAGUACGAACGCCAACUUGUGAAAGAGGAAGACGAACGCGUAUGCAAUGAACUGGAUAAUAAUUUAGAUGAAAUCCGAAAUCUCAUAUCACUGCCAAAGUCAGGAGUAAACCCUCUACCGACUCAAGAAGCCGCAUUUCGAAAUAAGUCUGUAUCAAACGGAUCGGCGUCAGAGAAAACCCUUAAUACUUCUGACAAGGAUGACGCGUACGAUAGAUAUGUACGGGAGUUAGCACUUGACAGGCGCGCAAGGCCUACCGAUAGAAUAAAGUCAGAGGAAGAAAUAGCUCUUGAGGAGAAAGAAAAACUUGAAAGAUUAGAACGCAAAAAACAAAAACGAACUUCCAUGACGGAUGAUCCGGAUUAUGAUCAUAUGUCCGAAAAUUAUGAUGAUAAUCUUGGCGGAGGAAUUAAUCUUGAUUUGGCAGCUUCUGAUGAUAAUCAAACUUUGAGCGACGAUAAUAAUGAUAUCUCCAUCCCAAUUGCCGAAAGCGAUCAUGAUGCUACCGAUUUAUCAUCUGAUGUAUUGCCAAUGAAUUCAAAAAAUUUGGCUGUUAAACAUGGAAUUACUAAAACUAAUGAUAAGUCUGAAUUAGCAUAUACUUUUCCUUGUCCAACAACCCUGGCAGAAUUCUUAAAAAUAUUGCGGGAUGUUGAUGAUGAGGAAGUUCAUGUGGUGGUGUAUCGAAUUCGUGUGCUACAUCACAUAAAGCUCUCUGUCGAAAACAAAGUAAAAUUGGAGAAAUUCUUUCCAGUACUUAUGGACUAUGUUCUACAUCGUGCGCAAGAAAACCCUGUGCCGAUGCUCCUUAUCAAUAAACUUGUUGGUCAUAUUUUUGAUCUCGUACAGCAAGUACCGGAAAGUGCUACAGAUUACUUUUUGUCCAAGAUUAUUGCCAUGGAAAAUAACUUGACAAAAAGAUUAUCCUCUUCUGGUUUGAAAAAUUCAAAGCUAAAGUUUCCCACCAUUUCUGAAUUUAUUUUAUUAAGAAUAUUAUCCCAAGUUUUUCCGACAUCUGAUUUUCAUCAUCCAGUAACUACCCCUACUUUAUUACUUAUGGCACAAUAUCUUGCACAAUGUCCUCUGUUAAAUGGUUUAGAUUUAGUGUCUGGUUUGUUUUUAUGUAAUUUAAUGCAUGAGUAUCAAAUUUUAUCGAACCGCAUUAUUCCUGAAGUUCUCAAUUUCCUUUUUAUCGCGCUUGUAUACCUUGCACCGCAAGGCACGUUUAACUCGAUGGAAUCAGUUCCUGGAAUCUUUCCAUUUUCUAGCAAAUUUGUUCCCACUCUUCAAAUAAAAGAUACGACCUAUAUUGAUGACGCCAAUCCUUUAGAUUUUUCGCAAUUGUCAAGUGUGGUGAAUGGCAAUGGAAACAACAAUGUUUUUGAUAAUGAUGUAUUUCGUUUAUCAGCAUUAAUGGCUACUCUACAUUUAGUUGAAAAUUUUGCAAAAAUGUAUAAUUCCGCUCCAGCAUUUUCAGAGCUUUUUGAGCCUGCAUCCAAAAUUAUUGAUGCUUACCCGCUAGAUAAAUUUUCUAGCACAAUUAAGAUGAAAAUAGGUUCAAUACGAAAAACAUUGGAACGAUUGCAAAAAUUUUCUAAAAAAAGCCGUAAACCUCUAGAAUUGCAACAUCACCGUCCUAUUCCUCUUCCCACUUACGCUCCCAAAUUUCAAGAAAAUUUCUCUAUUGAUAAACAUUAUGAUCCAGAUAGAGAACGAGCUAAUUUAAAUAAACUCAAAGCACAAUACAAGAAAGAACGCAAAGGAGCGAUCCGAGAAUUAAGGAAAGACAGUAUAUAUAUUGCGCAUCAUAAUAUCAGAAAGGUUAAAGAAAAGGAUACAUUAUACAAAAAAAGAAUCAAUAGUAUCAUGGGCAUUCUUGAAAGUGAGCAAGGAGAGAAAAAAGCCUAUGAAAAAGCCAAGAAGUACGGAAAAAUUUAA